ACCAGGUGAAGCAGUCAUGGAACCUCAACCUGCAUUGUCUUGGAAUGAUCUCAAGCAGAUGUUGUCAAAGACACUGGAUGCUGAAAAGCUUAUUAACACAGUAAGGAGUUUGAGUGAGAAAUAUUCUUCUCAUGAGGCUGGAUCUAAAGAAGAUGAGAUGAUUGGAUAUUUUAUUUAUCAGCAAUUUAGGGACUUAAAAAUGGACAAAGUCUGGAAAGAUAAACACUAUGUUAAAUUACAAUUCAAAAGCAGUGGUGCUCAGAAUGUAGUGACCAUGUUGAAUGAGAGCAAUGAUCCUAUGGAAAUGAAUGGUUAUGUGGCAUACAGUGUCAAUUCAACAGCAAAUGGUAUGCUAAUUUAUGUUAGUUAUGGCUCCAAAAAUGACUUUGAGCAACUAAAAUGGCAACAGGUUACCAUUGAUGCAUCCAUGGUGUUAGUUAGAGCGGGGAAACUUUCUUUUGCAGAGAAGGUUGAAAACAUUGAAGCCUAUAAUGUAGCUGGUGUCUUGAUAUACCUUGCUCGUGAUGACUUUGAUAUCAUUGAUGCAGAUAUUGUACCCUUUGGGCAUGUUCAUCUAGGAACAGGUGAUCCCUUUACACCUGGAUUCCCUUCCUUCAAUCACACUCAAUUCCCACCAUCACAGUCAUCAGGAUUACCUACUAUUCCUGUCCAAACAAUCUCUAGAUCACAGGCAUUGAAACUCUUCAGUAAAAUGAAUGGUGCUGACUGCCCCUAAGGCUGGGAUGGGGGUAAUAAAUGUAAGAUAAGCUCAGAAGUGAAUGUGAGACUUAUUGAACAUGUACUAGAAGAAAGAAAACUCCUCAAUAUUUUUGGAGUUGUUAAAGGCAUUGAUGAACCAGAUCACUAUGUUGUCAUAGGGGCACAGAGGGAUGCCUGGGGCCCUGGAGCUGCCAAAUCUCUUGUGGGGGCAUCUCUUCUCUUAGAGGUUGCUCAUGCUUACUCUGAUUUGGUGAAAGGUGGGUAUAAACCCAGAAGGAGUGUUGUCUUUGCCAGCUGGAGUGGUGGAGAAUUUGGAGCUGUUGGUGCCACUGAGUGGCUGGAGAGUUACCUUUCCACAUUGCAUCAAAAGGCCAUCACUUACAUAAACCUGGAUACUGCAGUUCUUGGUUCAAGUAACUUCAAAGUUUCUGCCAGUCCACUGUUGUAUACACUCAUUGAGAAGACCAUGAAAGAGAUGAACCAUCCAGUUACAGGAACAGCUCUCUUCAGAGACACUAACUGGAUCAGUGAGGUGGAACCCCUUACAUUGGAUAAUGCUGCUUAUCCUUUUCUUGCUUAUUCUGGAAUCCCAUCAGUUUCAUUUUGUUUUUGUGAGAAUAAGGCUUAUAAGUAUUUGGGCACCGGCUUGGAUUCUUAUAAUGAACUGAUAAAAAGUAUUCCUCAACUGAAAAAAACUGAUGUAUGGAGCUGCAGAAGUGACUAGCCAAAUGGUGACCAUGAGUUGUACCUAGACUAUGAAAGGUACAAUGAAGAAUUAUUCAGUUUGGUAAAGAAACUUGUGCCCUACAUGUCAAAUUUAAAGGAAAUGAAUUUGAGUUUGCAGUGGCUCUUCUCUGCUCGGGGUGAUUUUAGCAGGGCUACUCGUGACCUGACAAAUGACCUUUUUCAUACAGAUACUGCCAAUAGACUUGUUAAUAGAGAAAUCAAUGAUCGUAUCAUGAAAGUGGAAUACAGUCUCCUAUCUCCCUAUGUCUCUCCAAAGGAAAGUCCUUUUCGACAUAUCUUCUGGGGAUCUGGCUCUCAUACUCUUUUAGCUUUGUUAGAUCAUAUAAAACUUUUUAAUAAGAAAGAUGGUAACUUCAAUGAAAAACUGUUCAGAAACCAGUUAGCCCUUGCUACCUGGACCAUUCAAGGGGCUACAAAUGCACUUGCUGGUAAUAUUUGGGACAUAGACAAUGAAUUCUAGAUAAAAUUCCCAGUUUGUCUAAGAACAGUAAGGCAGAGUAGUCCUCAAAUUAUCACAGGUCUUCAGUAUUUUCAGCAAGACUAUAAAAGUUUAAAGCUUUGUUAAGAUGUAAAAGAGUUGAAUCCU